AUGAUUAAAAAUAUUAUAAAUCAAUAUAUUUUUGAGCAAUUAAUGCAUUUUAAGGAUGGUAAUCGCUGUUGUCAAAAAUUUAGUGGUUCUUUUCGUUCUACAGAAAGAACGGCUUUCAUUGAGUACGCAUAUAAACUUGGAUACAGCAGUCGUCCAUUUGUAAAUAAUGGAAUAGAAUUUAUAAAAGUAUUUAAGAAGAAUUGCUUGCAUUUCGUGAAGCAUAUACCAGAGUUGCGACUGUCAUCACAUUCUGAAAAGGAGCUUUUUAUAUUGCAACGUGAAAGUGAUUUUAUUGGUAGUCAACUCGAGAUGCAAAUGUCGCCAGAGUUCUUCAGCCCCAAUUGCAUAAGGCCUUCUAUUCCUCCCCACAGAUUCUCUUUAGGAUUAAAACAAUCAAUGGCUCGUAAAAAUGUUCGUGGGCAACUAAGUUUUCAAGACAAUUGUCCAUUGCAAUCAUAUAAAAUUGGUUUGCUUGAGGCAAUUUAUCGCAGUAGAGUAUUGAUAGUAAACGGUGACUACAUCUUUGAGAAAUCAACGGGCUUACCCAUGUACAUAAUUGAAAAUUGUGCUGAAAGACGAACUCACUGCAAAAUAAUUUGCGUUGAGAGAGAACAGAUAUUGGCUAUUCAUAAUAGUGAAAAGCUUUCUGAGUAUUUGGGUGAGAAAGUGGGCAAUACUGUAGCCUUUCAAAUUCAUCUCCAAAGCCGAAUAAGCGAAGGCUCAAAUCUUAUUUAUACAACUUCAAGUUUUUUACUACGUGUACUUAUGGGACAAAGUAUUGUGGAUAGUUUUCGACACAUUUCUCACAUAAUUGUUAAUGAUGUAUAUCGCCAUGAAGCAUUUACAGAUUUGUUAUUAAGUGAAUUGCGCUCUGCUCUUCGUUGCCAUGCACAUCUCAAGAUAAUACUCCUUUCAAAUUCGCAGUAUAAUUUAAAAUUUUUGGAGUAUUUUGGAGAAGGUGAAAUACUACAAUUGGAAUGUAAUAUACCGGAUUCGCAUAAAUCUAACGUAUUUCACAUAGAGCAUAUACAAAAAUUUUUGGAAAAAGAUCGCCACCCAAAUGUACACAGCCCGUUAACCUAUACUAAUAACACCAAUAUGUUGCGUUUCAUUAAUGGUAACAAUUUAAAUGUGGACCGUGUUCUUGAAUCCUAUGAACAAACUGGUGCAGAUCAAGCACUAGAAACAUUUUUGUAUAUGGUUCGAAGCGAAAAAAUUUCUAUAGAUUAUAGACAUUCUAUAACGGGUAAAACGGCGAUAAUUAUAGCUGCCAAACUUGGAAAUGUGGCGCACAUCAAACUUUUACUGGACAGAUUUGCUAAUCCCUAUAUUAUGGAUAUGCAAAAUCUGAAUGCUUUAUCCAAUGCGAUGGCUGGGGGAAAUAUGAUAUGUAUAGAACUGCUAACCAAUACUUCGAAUAUGAAAUGUGCGAAUCCCGAAGAUCUUGAUUACAGCUUAGUUAUGGAUCUUAUACGUGUUUUGAUGACAAGUUCAAAGUGGGAACCUGGUAACAUAGUUGUUAUAGUAGCCGAUUACGAACAACUAUUGCGUAUAAACUAUUGGAUGCUUCGAUGCAAAAUGAUUGGAGAUGUACCACAAGAAGUUGCAAUAUAUAUGCUUCAUAAAAAUAUUGAGAAGGAUCAGUUAGAUAUAGUUAUAGAAGGGACAAACGACUGUAUUAAUAUUAUAAUUGCGACAGACAUUAUUGAAAGUGUCAUUCCAAAGUUUUCAAUUAACUAUAUUAUUGAUUUGGCUCGAACACGAAGAAUGUUAUAUAAUUCCGAUACAGGAUAUAAGGAACUUGCUUAUGAUUGGAUAGCGGCAGAGGCUCUUGAAAAUCGUUCACGUCUAACUAGUCGCAUAGGCGCAGACGUAAAAUGUUUUCGUUUUAUUCCUGCUUUUAUGGUGGACAUACUCCCGAAAAAUUAUGCAGCGGAAUUAUUGAACAUGCCGCUGGAUCGUGUGUGUUUAACCGUAAAGUUAUUAUCACCACAUACUAUGGUUUCUGAAUAUUUGCAAUCGACCAUUUCUAGAGCGCCUUUUAUUCAUAUCCAUAACACUGUUGAGUUUCUGAAGAAAAUAUACGUAUUUGAUGAACUGGAAGAAGUCACGUGGUUGGGAUGUCGCUUAAUUGAUGUACCUAUUGAUUGCCAGUUGGGAAAACUGCUCGUUUUCGCUAUACUUUUACAAUGUUUAGAUCCCGUACUGACAAUUGUAAGUUUUUUGUCAACAAUUGACCCACUCCAAUUACCUACUAAGAUAGGUAAUAAGCAAGGAGUUGAACAAUUAUGUUCUAAAAUUAAAGAUGAACGCAAACGAUUAGCCGAGAAUGUACUUUCGGAUCAUUUGAUAUAUUUGCGUUUAUAUCAAGAAUGGCAAAACAAUUUACGUGAUGAUAAUCCCGAAAUGGUACUAAUAGAUGAGCAAGAUUACGUUUUAAAUGGAAUUUUAGAAAAAGUUUGCGAUAUUCGUACACAUUUAGUAGGCGCUUUGCGAUCAUCACAACUUAUACAUAAUCAAGGGCAAUUAAGCAUGCAUUACAUAAAUUUAAAAUCAAACAGUUGGCCUAUGAUUAAAGCAACACUUGUGGCCGGUCUCUAUCCCCGUCUCUGCAUAGUGGAUACAUAUGAAGGAUGUAUUAAAUGUAACAGCCCUAAGGAACUUGCUAUUCAUCCAAUUUCAGUACUUGGUGCGCAAGCUAUGGAGCCAUUAAACACCAAAGCACGGUCAUAUCCUUCCAAUUGGAUUGUCUAUGGAAACGAUAUAAAUAGCAUUAACUGUAAUAGCACCAGAUGUUGUUCCCUGGUAUCACCAUUAACGGUGGCCAUGUUCGCAGGUCCACCCAAGAUAGAUUCAUCAAAUAUAUGCCACUUGAAUGUAGCAGGGAACUAUUUUGGAACUGGAAGCAAUAUUCAUAAAAAAGAAGCAACAGUGGCAGUAUUUUAUGUAGAUGAUUGGAUUGAAAUCAGAAUGGAGCAUACGACCGCUCAACUUCUACUAAAAACACGACAAUAUUUUUAUUGUGCAUAUAUGAAUUUUUUGCAAAAUUGUGGCAGCAUAGACAAGUGGCGACGAACUAAUUCAUUUCUAGCUGCAGUUUCCCGUUUAUUCGAUACCUUGGAAAGAGUAUUUGCCUUUGAAGAUCAGGCUUGUGGUUUUAUAAAACCACUUAAUAUUGGAUUACGUCCUAAAGCAGUGCCUAACAAAUUUAUAACUUCGUUUAAUGCUGUUAUAAGCUGGAAUGGAGACACAUCUAUGCAAAGAGAGAGCACUUCAAAGCGCCUUGAUUUAAAGAAGAAAACUCACACAUGUUUGGACGGAAAGAGAGACUUUGCAUGUUUGCAAAAGCAGUUUUUUGCAGUAUAUAUUUCCCAGUCGGACUUGAUAUUUCGUAAGUAUCCGCAAGAAUGGUUGCGUGAUGCUGUUGCAAAGGUUGUUGAGCCUUGCUUAAGGAGAGACAGAUUAACCUUUGUAAUUCUGUACAAUAAGAAUCCUGACCAGUUUUGCAUGGUGGCACUUGCUGCAAAGAUAUUUGGCGUAUUCAAAUUACAAGAGUACUUUAAAAACAAAAUAUCUAUUAAUGAAUUACUGAAAAUUUGCUCAAGACAAAAUAUUAGCGUGCCUACAUUCAAUGAGAAACGGAACGCUUUUUAUGUGGAUGCAGUAGUGGGCGAGCUUAUUUUGGAUUUAUUUGCCUUUCGUAAUAACUGGCUGGAGUAUAACUAA